CGCCUGCGUCCAACCCCAAUCCGUCGUGCUCACCCGAGAAAGCCCAAAACCGCCCCAACUCCGUCGGCCGCACCGCGCCGCACCGCACGGGCGGCGGAAACCCUCCAAGCCGCGUCCGCCGCCGCCGUCGCGCUCGCGCUCUCCUCGCAGUCUCGCAUGGCGGCGUCCUAUUACAACAACCCGCCGCCGCCGCACACCUCCUACGCCCCGCCGCCGCCCCCGCCGGGGACCUCCCCGUACGCCUCCUACCGCCACCACGGCUACCCUCUUCCGCCGCCGCCGCAGCAGCAGCAUCACCCCGCGUACGGCGGGUACUACGACCACGCGGCGGCGGAGCCCCUGCCGCCGCGCGACGAGCUCCGGACGCUCUUCAUCGCGGGCCUCCCCGGCGACGCCAAGGCACGCGAGGUCUACAACCUCUUCCGCGACUUCCCCGGCUAUGUCUCCUCCCACCUCCGCUCCUCCGGAAAAUCAUCGCAGGCAUAUGCGUUUGCUAUCUUCGCAGAUCAACCUUCCGCCUUGGCCGCAAUGAGUGCCACAAAUGGAAUGAUAUUUGACCUUGAGAAUAAUUCCACACUCCAUGUAGAUCUUGCAAAGUCUAACUCAAGAUCAAAGCGCUCCAGAACAGAUGAUGUCCCUCCCUAUUCUUCUGAGAAAAAGGCUAGAAAUCCAAGGGGAUAUCCUGAAUCAGGUGCUGGAAGCAAUAUUCACAUGUCUGGAAUGGGUAAUUCUUCACACAGCUUGAAUGGUUAUCCUUCUGCACAAAGUUACACAAACUUUGAGCCUUCUGCUUUCAGUAAGGACCCUUCAGCAUUUGCCCCUCAAAAUAAUCCUCCUUGCCCUACACUCUUUGUCGCAAACCUUGGUCCAACUUGUUCUGAGCAAGAGUUAAUAGAUGUUUUCUCAAGUUGUGCGGGAUUCAUAAAGUUGAAGAUGCAAAACAAGUUUGGAGCUCCAGUUGCAUUUGUUGAUUUCAAGGAUGCGAACAGUUCAACUGAAGCCAUAAAUCGUCUCCAAGGAGUUAUUUUGUAUUCAUCAACUGGCGAGGGGGUACGUUUGGAAUAUGCCAAAUCUCGAAUGGGCCUGCGUAAGCGAGACAAGCGCCCUUAGAUGCAGUUGAUAGACGAUGCUGUGGUUGUUUCUCAUACUGUCAAUACAACACAACUGGCAGUGGAGCAUGAUGUUACCUAACUGGUCCUCCAGGUGCUGUUUAGUUCGAUGAGACAAUAUUUGUUCAGUGAAAUGUCUUGCUCAUGAUGAUAGGUUAUGGUGGAUCGGUGGUCUUGCAGUUUGUUGCAUAACAUUUUGAAAUUGGGUUUGGUAACUUCAUUUGUACCCGUGUAGUUGUCUUACCUUCUGUUCUUUUUGGGCCGUACUUUCUAGGCCUUUGUUUGCUGCUGAAGUGUGGAUACCCAUGUAAUCAUGUUCAAGCUCGUUGUAACUUAUGAAAGAUCAACUGGUGCGGUGCCAAAUUAACUGUACUUGGCCAUGGAUGAUAACAACAUGAAGUCGUGGUCCGGGAGGAUAUUAUCAUUGGGAAAGCGUAAUGAGUGUACCAUGGGUGGUGACUGUCCAAUAUUUAAGGACAUCAUUAUGUGUUUGAUACUGAUGGUUUGGUUGUGUGGGUGAUAUGUGCCCCAUCCGGCCGACGGCCGUAGACGUGUGCAGGUGUUGAUGCUUCUUUCUCCACUGGAGUUUCAGGUAUGCCAAGUCUUCCUUUCAGGUACAUAAUGAAAGGGCAUCUCUGCCUUUCUGGUACGUUAUCCAAGGCUAGCUCACUUGCUAAUCUGAUUGCCUUAGACUAACCAAUGAGAUGCAGGGCUCAAAUGAUGCCUCUGCCUUUCAGGAUGCCCUACCUUCUCUGUACAAAGUGCUAUAUCUAACAAAUGAUGGUUCUGCUCAACUGUACCGUGCCUUUUCUUUCGUCUGAUGCCAUAACUUGCAAUUACUCGAAGAGGUGCUUCCCUUUAUCAACGGGAAAAGCUAUGGGCAACAGAAACUGAAACUGAAAGUAGCACAACGCUGAAGUUUUGGACAUCAUUUCAGUUAUCAAGAUGAUUUGUACUAAAUCCCCGCAACUUGAAUAAAAUUCCAGAGACAAUUAUUGGGUGGUAGAAAUAUAAAUUCUGAAUACCCCUUUAUUUGAGGGAUCGUACUGAUUUGUGUUCAAUUCAUGAGAGAGAUGUCGUAUGAUGCUGCAGCUGCCAAAGUCUGGUUUGUGCCCCAGCUAGUACAGAGCUUCAAUAAAGACUUGAACUGUAGCUUUCUAAAGUCUAGCAGCAACUGCAACGUGCUGGUGAUGUGCGAUAGUGCGAGCACUAGGAACAGUAUGGUAUAGUGCCUUGUUUGCAGUGAUCAAACUGAGUGUUUGCUUCAUUUUAGCUUCUUGUUACUGCUCUAAUUCAACACUGUAGAAUCUAUAUAGGACUUACGGCUAACAACUCUGCUUUUACUGCUUAGGCAUUUGAAAAUGUUGGAAUGUCUGUAUUUUUGUUGUGAACUUGUAGAGAGUAGUAUUAAUUAUUUACUUCUGUUCUGUAUUCAGUUUGUGAAGUCUAGCGUUCGUCAAGUGGAAACCUCUCAGAUGUUUGCCUUUUGCCUUCCAGGUCCAGGUGUGCUAGCUCCACUUUGAUUCACCCUCUGAAGCCAAGCUGCAUCAAAUGGAUGCCAAAAAGGAGCAGUGAUAUGCAGAGUACGAUGGCAUAAACUAUUCCAUAGCUUUCAACAAGAUAUCAGUAGCAAUAUCCAGGAACAGAUCUUCAGAAGGAGGUGAACCUUUGCUUUCGAUGCUAUUGCUUGCUUUUGAUUCAAUUAAUUAAUUCCUGCAUCAUCACCAAUCUAAUAAUUUAUUUCUGGCGGUCUAGUAGCAUCGCAUUGCAUUAGCACUUUGGUUUGCAGGCACCGCAUGGCAAACAUUCUUGGGAAGCCACCUUAAAUUAUGGUCGUCAAUGUUAAGCGACCAAGACGUCAUGCUUGCAUCUUCAGACUUCGCAUGUAUAAUUAACACUUGCCAAGCUGCUAAUGAUGCUUUGGUAGUACAAAGAUUCUGUGUGAAUAAUUUACAACAGGUACUGUAUACUAAUACCAGUGCCACAACAUUCUAGGUUAAAGUAAACUAACACAAAGGCAGAUAUUUAAGGCUUUUCUCUAAUCUUGUCUUCAUACUAGAUAGUUUAGAUAAACUAAUGCCAAUCCUUCAAGAGUCCAUGCAAAGAACCAAUAAGUGACGAGUGACAAGAAAAAUAAAAUGUUUCAUCACGGU